AGUUUGACAGUUCCGCAGUGUUUCGUAUCACUGUAACUGGGUGCAGUGAUGAGUGAUUCACUCGAACUUAUCAGUAUUUAGAAUAGUUAUUCACAUGAAUAACUAACGUUGUGUUCUUUUUUAUUUAGUGUUUUUGUUUUAAAAGUUGUGUUUACCGGCAGGAUGUUGGGAAUGUUUAUGUACAUGCUUGAAGCGCGGAAGGAGUUGUUGGUGGGCCUGUCAUUAUCUGUAUUGUACAUAACCUAUUAUCUAGUGGAAGUAGUCAAGAGGCCAUUACUAGUAUGCGGUCCGGGAGCCCUACGGUCUCUUCUCGAGCGAGAUGUGCCGCUACUACAAACACCGUACUGGCCAACCCCUUGGUGCGUGGAGGCGCGCUUGCAGACUGUCCUGGGUUCCAUAUUGCGCUCGUUGUUGUUGCCACACGCGCGUUACCGGCGAGAGGUCUUACGGCUAGCAGACGGCGGCCAAGUCGCCCUAGACUGGCUAGAAAAUUCAGCAGGCCCCGGUGCACCAGUGCUCCUCGUACUGCCGGGUCUCACGGGCGGCUCGCAGGCGGACUAUGUGCGGGCACUGUGCGCCGCCGCGAGGCAGCUCGGUGCACAGGCUGUCGUGUUCCAUUACAGAGGACUGGGCGGGAUCAAGCUCACGACGCCGCGCCUCUACUGCGCCGUAAGCCACGAGGACUUGGCUGAAGUCGUAAAUGCCGUGUCCGAACGGGCCGGCGACGCGCCAGUCUUAGCCGUCGGCGUGUCUUUGGGAGGACUUAUACUGGGACAGUACCUGGCCGCAGCGGGAGACCAGGCCAGAGUACACGCGGCGCUAGUUGUGUCUUCACCGCUUGAUGUUGAGCGAGGCUCAGAAUGCAUGGAGCGCGGUCUAAACGCCCUCCUGUCCCGGCACAUGGCCCGCAACCUGCGCCGCACGGUGUGCUCCCACUCCCUGGUGACGGCGGGUUCCGACGAACACGCCCGAGUGGAGAACGCGACGUCAGUCCGGGCGUUCGACGCGGCGUUCACGACGCGCCAUUUUGGAUUCGGGAGCGUCGAGGCGUAUUAUCGCGCGGCUACGCUGAGGGAUAAGUUAGGAGCUGUGCGUGUGCCGUUGCUGUGUUUAUGCGCUGCUGAUGACCCUUUUCAGCCGCUCGAAGUCCUCCCUCUAGCCGAAGUCGCCGCCUCCAAAGCCGUAGCCUUAGCCGUCCCCGCGCGCGGCGGCCACAUCGGCUUCCUGGAGGGCUGGUGGCCGGCGCGCCAGGACCAGUACAUGGCGCGCGCGGCCGUGCAGUACUUCUCCGCUUUACUCCGCAACCCCGACUUGCUUCACACUCCCCCUAAGAAGGUACAAACGCAGACUGAAAAGAUUGAAACUGAAAAGCAGGAUAACGUAGCCUGCUGACUGUAGAGGUAUUUGACAGUAUUAAGUACAAAGGGCGCCGCUUCGGUUUUCUAGGCGUGGAACGGUUUUCUAAAAUAUAUACCCUCGUGCCGCUUACCAUAUAAAAUUAUAGCAGUUUGAAUUUAGUUGUAGUUUUUGUAUAAUUAUACGAGAUAAAUGAAUUGCUACUUUGUUCGUUUUUAAUUGAAGUUGACGUUCCAUCGAAACAGAAUAUACAUUCUAAUGUACAUUAGGCGACACGAGGAUACUGUAUCUUGUAAUUAUAUCUCCGUAAAUUAUAGAUACGAAUCUUAUAAUAUUUAGAUCUCACGAGUUUCCAAUAUUUAACAAAUCCUUCAAAAACUGUUCCAAAAUAUCCGAAUGCAGCACAAAUUUUAAAACUAAAAUAUACUAAAUAGAUUUGACGAGUUUUAAGCAAAUAUUUGUGCGGAAAAAUGAAUGAGAUCGCCGUUUUUCAGUUCCCAAACAAAUUAGGUAUUUUGGAAGCCAGGACUGUUUUAAAGCAGAAAAUAUUUCAGAAAACCGCUUCCUUGUGCCUCACAGCCCGACCACGACAUUACUGCAAGAAGGAUCGAAAAGCGAUAAUCUCCGCUCGUCGCUACGCUUGUCGCUGAUGUCGUGGCCCGGCUUUACGCCACGGAUACACUAGGCGACAUCUCCCGCGACACAGCGACAACAGGUCAAGUGGCCGAUAAGUCUGGCAAUAUCACGUACUCCAGUAUCCUAUUAAGUAGUGCUAUGUCGGGCGAAGUUUCGCGAACUCGUACGACUUCGCCCGACGUGUCGCCGGGACAUUUGUCUCAUAGUGUGUCUAUGGCUUUACGCUUCGUCCGACGAGCUUCGCUCUGAAGUGCCUUCGCUCGACAUGUGAUAUUUUUUGCCACGGCGGGAUCACCCCGGCUUGUAGCGUCCCUCAAACGCUUGGUAGUUACUGUUGCAACGAGAGUUGACUAUCUUGAUAGCGUCAUGUUUUGACAGAUUUUUUUGAAAUGUGUUUAACCAGAUUUCUUUCAUAAACCAGACCAAAAAAUAAUAAGUAGGCGUCUUUGCCUGCCAGUAUGAAAUUAGAUGAUACUUAAUUGAAUUUUACAAGCUUUUAUUUACUUUCACUUGACCGUUGUCUGUUUGUAAUCAAAUCUUGCAAGUUAAAUUUGACCCACUUCCCGGUUUCUGAUGAAGCUGAAAAUUUGCAUACAUAUAUAGCUGUAUAGCUAUUGUCCGAUGACAAUGCAAUAUUAUUGUACCAUCGAGGUGAUCUGAUGAUGGAGACAGGAGGUGGCCAUAGGAACUCUGUGAUAAAACAACGUAACCUAAUUGUCUCGAUGAGUAUUAGUUACUUGUGAAAAGAAAAGUACAGUCAGCGAUAAAAGCUUGUACCAAAAAUGAAAUUUUUGCCAAAAACUUAUUACGUUUGAAGUCUAUUUUCAACUCCUGCUUGUAUUAGUUGUAAAUUGUUGAGCAAUCUAUUUUCCGUCAGCCGCGACACUCGUGACAUCUAGUGUCAAGUACCGGUACUGAUAAAUCCGCUACUUGACGCUAGAUGUCGACUACGAAAAUAAUAAGCGUUUUGGUAAGAAAACUGAUGUAUGGAGUGAACACUCUAUGCUUACUUAUUUCUCUAUGACUGUGUCUAGUAAGGUACUACGCUACUGUGUAAAUAACAUUAGCAAAAUAAUACAAAUUCCCGUGAAUAAUUUCUUUUGAUUUAUUUUUGUACAAUAUUUAUAUAUAAUUUUAUUUUUGUCGAGCUCAUAAUAUUUAUUUUACCACUGUAAACUUUUGCAUUACAUUACCAUUACUUAUGCAAUCCAUUUCCAUCAACUCUCGUUGCGACAUUUAUAAAAAUAUCAAUUGAUUAUUAUACUAAUUAAUUAAUAAUAUACAACGACCGUGUUGUGAGCUAUAGUUUUAAAACCGGUGCUAAAUUUAGUGGCUUAUUAGACUGACGAAACGUCGUUAUCAGCACGCAUUAGAUUUCUUCAAAUCAUUCAAUUUUCUGAAGUAGUUAUUAUGAACCAAAGGAUUAUUGAUUGCGGUAGAGAUAAAGUCUAAGUGGGCGUUCAGACGGGCAAUUUUAACAACAUCUGAUUAAAUUGACAAUUUAAUUGUAUUGAACGUAAAAUGACAUUGACUUGCCGAUCUCACUUGAUUCGAUUGUAAAGCCUGAUUUUACAUGCGUGCCGAGACUUGCAAAGUGUCAGGGACGCAGCUAUGCGGUGGAAUGAGAUAGCAUAACUGCCUUCCUGACGCGGCAAGUCUCGGCACGCAUGUAAAUCAGGCUAGAUUGUUAACGAUUAAAUCAGAAGGUGCGGACGCAAGUGCCAAUUUUCGACAAGAGUAUGCAUGCCCGUUUGAGGCUUUUUUUUUUAAAUUUUGAACUUGACUGUCACCAUAAUCUAAAAUUGGUGAUUAAAUUUUGUACGUGUACGCUAGCUGAGAUUGACGCAACUUAAUUCCUGAUCAAACUAUCAAUUUGACUGUCCCGUCUGAACUGGCCUUAAGAUAAAAACGUGCCCCGUAUUUUGACAGCCAUAAUGCGCCUGUAAUUGAUUUGUUUACUGUAUUGUCAAGCCUGAUUUACAUGCGUGGCAAGCUUCAGGGACGCAGUUAUACAUUAGAGGAGCAAGCGAUAUUGCUAUCCCAUUCCACCGCAUAGCUGCGUCCCCGUCGGCCUGCCGCGACUUGCCACGCAUGUAAACCAAACGCCAACUUUUGACACCCAGGGUUACUGCAUAAUGUAUAGCGCCCUCUACCUGUCAAAUUCGAGGCACAAAUUUGUUUCAGACUACAUAUUUUACGCGAUCAAUGUAUCUUUGUUAUGAACUGUGUGGUAUGUUAAUCAUGUGUGCAGUACCCAUACACAAGCUGUUAAGGCAGUUGUCUGACCGGCGGAGAAAAGCGAGUAGCGUAAGAAACGCAUGUGUGAAUAGACUGGACUCUUAAAACAGUUGGAAAUAAACCAAUUUACCUUUAUUAUUCUGUGAUAUCGCACUUUUAAAAAACAAAUUGUUUUAAUUUAUUUUUGAUAUCUGUUAAUUACUAUAUUGUUAUUAAAUAGACAAUUUUAUCAUAUAUGCUUAGUUUUUUUAACUUUUAUGCAGAUCCAGAAUUUAGAACCCGUGUUGACCCAAAAAUAUGAAUUUAUUAGAAAUACUAUAAAAACUCGCUGAUCGUCUAAUGUCGGACAAAUGCCACAUGAUAUUGGAAAUUCCAGGACCGAAAGGUUGCGGAUUCAAGUCCCGUUCGGGCUUAGGCCAAUCAAAUUAGAUUUUAAAAAAAGCGGUUAGAGUAAAUAAUUUCCAGAGAUUAAUCACCUGACAUUGUGCAAACUCGGUAUACACGCAUUUAGGACCAAAUUAAGAUAUUACUUAAUUUAAAACUUGCUGGAAAUUAAUUCUUCGAAAAAAAAAUCUAAUUUGAUUGGCCUAUUGGUUUUAUUUUCAUUUGCUAAUUGCAUAUUUACAUUUAAAAAUUGUUUUGUAUGAAAUAUAUCUUGAUUCAAGAUGUAAGGUUGCCUGUACCUUUUUAAUUUUAGUAGCUCUGUGUAUGGGGUUAAGAGAUGGAAAAGCAAAAACGCUAAGAUUGUCAAUAUGCAUUUCGUAUAAUUUAACAUUAGUUCCUAAAAUCACCUGACAAGCUUAUAUUUACAAAUUUAAUGUUCAAAUAUUAUAUAUUUAUAAAUAUAUAACGUAACGGGUGAUGUUAUUGUUGUGUUUUACAUCGAUCAAAUGAAUUUAUAGUUGUUAUUGUUAAGCUGCGGACUGGACGCAAGCGGCGCUUUUUUCAUCGUUCAUUUGCCGCAUGGCGCGCCGCUUGCGGCCGGUCCACAGCCUUAUUAGCGGAGCGAUCAAACGACGAGAUUAAAGUUGUAUUUGCAAUUGAAACAGUUCUACUUGGAGUAGGGUAAGGUUAAGUUUUUAUUAUAUUUACAUUAUAUUAAAAUUAUACAUUAACAUCACAAUAAAAAUAGUGAGGCUUAUUAAUAAUGAUAUAGCGCUCGAGUGUGCGGGUUUGCACUGAUACGGAUACACCUUGUAUUAUCGCAGAUUAUAUUUUUAAUUUGAAUCUUGUUUGAGAAAAAAGAAAUGCUAUUUUACAUUGAAAUAUAUCUAAUUACGGGCCUUACGGACACUAAGAAUGGUGCUAGUUCAGUGGUGUCACUCACGAAUUCAAGACAAUCGUGCAGUAUCAGUUGUGACCAAUCGCGCGUGUGAUGCGAACUCAUUAACCAAUCGCGUUGUGGCGUUAGAUUGCUCGAUUGGCUCGAAUUCGUGUGCGUGACACCGCUGUACUGGCCCCAUCCUUAUCGCCCGUAAGGCCCUUAAGAUAUGUCAAUGCUACUUUAUUUGUUUUAUGAAAGGUUCAAACGGAGUGUACACUGCAAUGCACCUUACGAGGUUAUUAGACAUCUUUUUACAAAUUCCUCCCUCUUAAUUUACGCGCGGCCUUGAAGUCCGUUAAGGAAAUGUAUUUGAUUUAUUUAAUAUUUUCGUUUAAAAAAAGUAAUGGUUCAGCCAUUAGUAAGUUGGAAUAAAAGGGUUAAUUUUAGUACCUAAGUAGAAACAAGAAAAUUGUACAAGCACAAAAGUUCAAAUAGCAUUGACUACCUUUUUUGGGUAAAGCUUAUCCGCGUGAACCUGCCCCACUAGAGCGGCGCACAUAUCUGCGUUUGUAUCGUUUUUUUACAAAUAUACGCAUACGACACGAA